AUGAUGAUCCUCUACACGCUCUGCGCGACGGCGGCGUCGCUGGCGCCCACUCAGAGCCGAGCGCCCGCGCCCGGGCCGUCCGUCGCGCGGCGCGGCGCCCUGGCCGGUGGCGCGUCGUUGGUCGCCGCCGGCCUCGUGUCGCUGGCCCCCGCUCCGGCGCUCGCCUACGACCUGGCCAAGUACAACCGCAAGCUCGACAAGCUCGGGUUGCCGCCCGUGGCCGGGAUCCCCGACGGCUUCAGUCCCGUGCUCAGCAGCGUGAACCAGGACCAGAGCCUCAUCGUCCAGUUCAACCACCCGAACGCGUGGCUCGUCGUCAAGCCGAGCGUCAACACGAACGGCGAGUCCGGGACGGUCUCCGCCGGCGACUACGGCAAGGGCGACUCCGCCGCGCUCUACGUCUCCGACCUGCCGCCGGGCGGCGACAAGGCCUUCUACGCGAAGCUCAUCGCCAAGGGCCUCGCGCAGAAGGGCGACAACCAGUUCCAGAACUUCCGGGUCCGGGCCGUGAGCCCGGGCUCGCCGAACGCCGUCGUCGACUUCGAGUACGAGCUGCUCACCGGCGCGGGCUUCACGGUCGAGCGCCGCGGCGUCGCCGCGGUCAGCGGAGUCGCGGGCAAGAGCCAGGCGCUCCUCGCCGUCACCACGUCCGCGCGCUACAAGAAGCUCGAGCCCGAGCUCCGGAAGAUCGUCGACUCGUUCCGCGUCUACGACAAGGUCCGCUCCGUGGAAACCGGUGCGCUCCUCGACGACGACUAG